GCGCCACCACCGCCGCCGCCGCCGCCGCCGCCGCCCGAGCCCGAGCCCGCGCCGAGCGUGCGCCUCGCCCUCCUCCCGCGCCCGCUCUGCUCUAGGAUGCUGCGGCAGGUUCUGCACAGGGGCUUGAGGACGUGUUUCUCUCGGCUCGGCCACUUCAUUGCCAGUCACCCAGUCUUCUUCGCCUCGGCGCCGGUGCUCAUCUCCAUCCUGCUCGGCGCCAGCUUCAGCCGCUACCAGGUCGAGGAGAGCGUGGAGCACCUGCUGGCGCCCCAGCACAGCCUCGCCAAGAUCGAGCGCAACCUCGUCAACAGCCUCUUCCCGGUCAACCGCUCCAAGCACCGGCUCUACUCGGACCUGCAGACCCCCGGGCGUUACGGCCGGGUCAUCGUCACCUCCUUCCAGAAAGCCAACAUGCUGGACCAGCAUCACACCGACCUGAUCUUAAAGUUGCAUGCUGCUGUGACCAGAAUCCAGGUUCCAAGGCCUGGUUUUAAUUACACAUUCGCCCACAUAUGUAUCCUGAAUAACGAUAAGACUUGCAUCGUGGAUGACAUAGUGCAUGUUCUGGAGGAGCUAAAGAAUGCUCGGGCCACCAACCGGACCAAUUUUGCUAUCACGUACCCGAUCACUCACUUAAAGGAUGGGAGGGCAGUGUACAACGGGCACCAGCUUGGAGGCGUCACUGUGCACAGCAAGGACCGGGUGAAAUCCGCAGAGGCCGUCCAGCUCACCUACUACCUUCAGUCAAUCAACAGUCUCAAUGACAUGGUGGCCGAGAGGUGGGAGUCCAGCUUCUGUGACACCGUCCGACUAUUCCAGAAAUCCAACAGCAAAGUCAAAAUGUACCCUUACACGUCCUCCUCACUGAGGGAAGAUUUCCAGAAGACCAGCCGCGUUUCGGAACGUUACCUGGUCACUAGCUUGAUCCUGGUGGUCACCAUGGCCAUCCUCUGCUGCUCUAUGCAGGACUGCGUCCGCAGCAAACCCUGGCUAGGCCUGCUCGGGUUGGUGACCAUAAGCCUGGCCACUCUCACUGCGGCCGGGAUCAUCAAUCUUACUGGUGGGAAAUACAAUUCCACCUUCCUGGGAGUCCCUUUCGUCAUGCUAGGUCAUGGAUUAUAUGGGACUUUUGAAAUGUUAUCCUCCUGGAGGAAAACUAGAGAAGACCAACAUGUUAAAGAGAGAACUGCAGCAGUCUAUGCAGACUCCAUGCUCUCCUUUUCUCUCACCACUGCCAUGUACCUGGUCACCUUUGGCAUAGGGGCCAGCCCUUUCACGAACAUUGAGGCAGCCAGGAUUUUCUGCUGCAAUUCCUGUAUUGCAAUCUUCUUCAACUACCUCUAUGUACUCUCGUUUUAUGGUUCCAGCCUGGUAUUCACUGGCUACAUAGAAAACAAUUACCAGCAUAGUAUCUUCUGUAGAAAAGUCCCAAAGCCUGAGGCAUUGCAGGAGAAGCCGGCAUGGUACAGGUUUCUCCUGACAGCCAGAUUCAGCGAGGACACAACUGAGGGCGAGGAAGCGAACACUUACGAGAGUCACCUAUUGGUAUGUUUCCUCAAACGCUAUUACUGUGACUGGAUAACCAACACCUAUGUCAAGCCUUUUGUAGUUCUCUUUUACCUUAUUUAUAUUUCCUUUGCCUUAAUGGGCUAUCUGCAGGUCAGUGAAGGGUCAGACCUUAGUAACAUUGUAGCAACUGCGACGCAAACCAUUGAAUACACUACUGCCCAGCAAAAGUACUUUAGCAACUACAGUCCAGUGAUUGGGUUUUACAUAUAUGAGUCCAUAGAAUACUGGAACACUAGUGUCCAAGAAGACGUGCUAGAAUACACCAAGGGGUUUGUGCGGAUAUCCUGGUUUGAGAGCUAUCUAAAUUACCUUCGGAAACUCAAUGUGUCCACUGGCUUGCCUAAGAAAAAUUUUACAGACAUGUUGAGGAAUUCCUUCCUGAAAGCCCCCCAAUUUUCACAUUUUCAAGAGGACAUUAUCUUCUCUAAAAAGUACAAUGAUGAGGUCGAUGUAGUGGCCUCCCGAAUGUUUUUGGUGGCCAAGACCAUGGAAACGAACAGAGAAGAACUCUAUGACCUCCUGGAGACCCUGAGGAGACUUUCUGUCACCUCCAAGGUGAAGUUCAUUGUUUUCAACCCGUCCUUCGUAUACAUGGAUCGAUAUGCCUCCUCUCUGGGAGCCCCCCUGCACAACUCCUGCAUCAGUGCUUUGUUCCUGCUCUUCUUCUCGGCAUUCCUGGUGGCAGAUUCUCUGAUUAAUGUCUGGCUCACUCUAACGGUUGUGUCCGUGGAGUUUGGAGUUAUAGGUUUCAUGACAUUAUGGAAAGUAGAACUGGACUGCAUUUCUGUGCUAUGCUUAAUUUAUGGAAUUAACUACACAAUUGACAAUUGUGCUCCACUGUUAUCCACAUUUGUUCUGGGCAAGGAUUUCACAAGAACUAAAUGGGUAAAAAACGCCCUGGAAGUGCACGGGGUAGCUAUUUUACAGAGUUACCUCUGCUAUAUUGUUGGUCUGAUUCCUCUCGCAGCUGUGCCUUCAAAUCUGACCUGUACACUGUUCAGGUGCUUGUUUUUAAUAGCAUUUGUCACCUUCUUUCACUGCUUUGCCAUUUUACCUGUGAUACUGACUUUCCUGCCACCCUCUAAGAAAAAACGGAAAGAGAAGAAAAAUCCUGAAAACCGGGAGGAAAUUGAGUGUGUGGAAAUGGUGGAUAUUGACAGUACCCGAGUGGUUGACCAAAUUACAACAGUGUGAUAGUUUCUGCUUGUUAUAUUUUCACCCUAGGUCUUAUCAAGAGCAAAGAGAUGAUGCUAAUGAAACAAAUUUAAGGUGGUUCUUUCUUAAGGAUAAGAAACAGGCAUUGCCAAAAAAGUAAAGGACAAGGGGGGGAAAUGGGCAUUGCAUAUUUUCAAUCUUUAAAACAAAAGGUUGUUAUCAGAAAGAAUUUACACACACACCCUAGAGACUUAUAGUCUCUUAAACUAAGAUCAAAUAGAAGAAAGCUUAUUAGCAAGCAGAACCCUAUUUUGUUCACACUGCAGAUGUUGCUGGUAUUGUGACAAAAACCUACGGAUUGAAAGGUCAGCUGCCAAGGCAGAAAUAGCUUUAAGCAUUGUUCAAACAAUAAGGCUUCCAGAACUUCUGCAGAGCAGUAGCUCCAGGCAGGGUCUGUGGUUUGAGGUCUUAGGCCGUCUCAUCUAACUCCCCAACACCCCAAGGAGAUGCUCGUGAAACUUCUGGCUAGCAAAAGCAAGCCAGACACAUAGUGGAGUGGCCAUCACCCACGGACUGAAAUUGUUACCCCUAAAUUCACCCAGGUGAGGCAGUUUUGUUGUCUAGAAUGAAUUUAUCAUAUCCCCCCAUCAAUAUAUUUAUAACAUUUGUGUGGUAUGGUUAAUAUACCUUUAAACCAAUGACAGCUCCAACAUUGCAGAGUUGGGGCGAUUCUAUUUUGGAAUAUCUUGUUGCUUGUCACCAAAUGGAUCUGCUUUAUUAGUUACAGCUUUUGGCAGGAGGCUCUGAGUACUAAAAACCACAGAGCCAGACCCAAAUACCUGGCAUGAUGGAGGAAAAGCAGGUGUCUACUUGAACCCAGAGACAGUGUUUCCAUUUUAACAAAAAAAAAAAAGGCCAGCUGGUACAGCUGUUUGUGGUUUGGCCCUCCAUGCGUUUUUUGCGUGGAUGCCCAGAAACAUCUGCCCACGCAUAGCUGAGGACAGAGAAACGAACGCUGAAAUGGUUAUUCGCCGUAGCUUCCAACUUGUAGUGCCAGUCUGCCUUCGCUACGAGACAUGCCUGCUCAGAGACACAGAGGAGAAAAGAAAGUUCUUUAGUGAGUGUAAGUCCUGAAACUGAGAAACUUCCUAAAAGUGCAGGCAGGGAGAUAAAGGGCUGCAAGGGAGAUACAUGGAAAUGAUUGGAAGAUGUAAACACCAAUACAAGUCUAUCAAUGAUGACAGUGGAACUUUCCUGCUAAACUGGCUGCACUUUCAUCUUCCUGGUCCACCCUCCACACCUUUGUUGGUGCCGCUCUACUUCACUGCACGGCCCUUCUGUGCAUUAACGAGCCUAGAUGUUCAUACUGUUGACUUGCAGUAUCUCCAGGAUCUAAACAGAAAUGAUUUGAUCUGAAGAGGCUGUGUAUGUUACCCCAGACCCCCGCAUUUCUUUAAGUCUAUAAAAAUGAAGCUAAAACCUGGUCACUUUUGAGGCAAAUGUCUACAAUAUGUUUCCCUUUUAGAGAUGUAGCUUAUUUAGACAUCUAUACUGGUAAGCUCCCCAAAGCACCUUACCUUUCUGGACCUUAGCGGAUGUGCUGUGCAACUUCCCCAUCCUCUGCAGAGGAAGAAACUGAGACCUAGAAGAAUAAAGCGACUCACCCAGGGUCACACCACUAGAGGGUUUCCAUCAUUUUAGCAUGCCUAAGACAGGGCAGGCCAAUUUUAGAUUUUCUCAUAAGAGGGCUAUUACUCCCUUCAAAGUACAUUUCCAAGGAAGGAACAUAGGACUUCAUUGGCCACAAGGCAGACUUUUUUUUAAUGUCUGGAUAAUGUUUGGGAUUUAGGUUUGCCCUUGUCUUUCUAAACAGCAAAAAUGUCCAAAUGAUUCAGAUGUAACCACACCAAGUGCAAACCUGUGCUUUCUAUUUCAUGUACUGUUGUUCACACAGUUCUAAAUACAUGUGCAGGGGAUCGUAGCUAGUGCAUUACACACUUGUUCAAUCUCUCCUGCAGAUACACUAAGCGAUCAUAUCGUGUUAUGCACUCAACUAGAAGACAAUGAGCUUUAAUCUGAGGACAAGUACAAUCCUCGCAAAAGGGCAAGUUCGCAUAAUAGAUCUGCGAUCAAUUCUCUCUCCAAGGGGCCUGCAACUAGGCUAUUAUUUAUAAAACACAGCUGAAGAGGGGAUUGGUUUUAUUCUUAAAUCAUAUGUUGCUAAAUCAUUUUCUGAACAGUGUGUUCUAAAUCAGCCAUUGAUCUCGUGUCGGCCACGUGGAGCACCUCGGGUUAAAGCGACUCCACGAAACUGAUACAACACACACACCAAUUAAGUGGAUUUUGUUGCGAAUUUAAUCAUUCAAUUUGAUCAACCAGAAUGACUUACUGUGGAACUUUGUUUUAUGACAGAUAGUAGUUUUCCAACUUGAUUGAGUCUCUGUAUACCUUGGGAUAUUGUAUUUUUAAAUGAAGGGCAUUUUCAACCUUGUCAACUUCUCUUUUCAGCACUUGAAAUCAAAGCUUAUGGAAUUCUGA